UGGUUUCGGGUCCUAAACCGCAAGGAAUUCUGGGAGUUGACCCUCCGGAGCAAUGGCUGUCUUUUUAGCUAGGUUAUUUAUAUCUUUAUAUUUAUUAUGUUUUGCUGCCGCUGUUUUUGAAGACCAAGUGGGAAAAUUUGAUUGGAGACAGCAGUUUGUUGGUGAGGUGCGUUUCGCACUCUUUGAUAGUCAUUCCCAAGCAUCUAAAAAGCUCCUGGUUGCAACAGAAAAGAAUGUUUUUGCCUCACUCAAUUCCAGAACCGGAGAGCUUUUGUGGAGACAUGUGGACAAGUCAGGACCAGACGGACACAUAGAUAUGCUUCUGGUUCAUGGGCAAGAUGCUGUAGUUGUUGUUGGGAAUGGACGUCUUCUGCGUUCCUGGGAGAGCACCAUCGGUGGCCUGAAUUGGGAGACAGUGCUCGAUACUGGAAGCUUUCAGUCUGCUGCCUUUGUUGGAGUGCAGGACCUGGUGAAGUACGUAGGAGUGCUUAAGAAAUCUGCCGUCUCUCUGCAUUACCUCUCUAAUGGUCAUCAGAAAUGGGUGGAAAAUCUCCCAGACAGUGAUGCUGUUGAGUAUCAGAUGGUUUAUUCUGGAGGACAUGGACUGCUCAUCAUUCUGGGUGUGGUCCCCAACUCUCAUAUAGUUAUUGUUGAAUAUAACAUUGAAGAUGGAGAAAUCAUGAAACAGAAAUCAGUAGAUGCUCCAUGGGCGAGCAGCUUACAAUCCAACUGUGUGGUGGUCGGUCCUGGAAUGCUUUUAUGUGUUGACCCGAGCACAGAGUCCAUGUACACCUUGCCACUGCGAUCUGAGGAACAGCCGAAAGUGACCCAGAUUCCACUCCAGACCAUGGGCCUAGAGGUGGCUUCAGGCUUUCAGCCGCGUUUGAUCUCCACUCAGCCUCACCCUGCCCGUUCUCCUGUACCUGAAUUCUUCCUGCAGCUUGCGCCAGAUCAUCACGCCCUGCUGCAGCUUAACGACGGCACUGUUACUCUUCUUAGAGAUUUUAACCCAUCAUACCUGGUUGCUUUUGCAAAUACUGGGGAAAAGACAGUCGCUGCUGUUAUGUCGCCAAAAAACGAAACGGCAUGCACUAUCAACCUGUUCAGUGCUGAUGCAGGACGGAGGCUCCUUGAUACCUCUGUCACCUAUAUGCUGGAUCCUAAUGGAGGAAAGCCAAAUAAGUUGUACAUCAAUGCCUUCCUGAAGAAAGAUGACUCUGUGGGCUACAGGGUGAUUGUACAAACUGAAGAUCUUGCUCUGACUUUCCUACAGCAACCUGGUCGGGUCGUGUGGACCAGAGAGGAGGCCCUCGCUGAUGUGGUUACUAUGGAGAUGGUGGACUUGCCGCUUACUGGAACACAAGCAGAACUGGAGGGUGAAUUUGGAAAGAAAGCUGAUGGGCUUUUAGCCAUGGUUUUAAAGCGACUCUCGUCACAGCUCAUCCUUCUGCAGGCCUGGGUUGGCCAUCUGUGGAAACUCUUCUACGACGCCCGAAAGCCUCGCAGCCACGUAAAGAACGAAGUCACUAUCGAAACCUUGUCUCGGGACGAGUUCAACCUGCAGAAGAUGAUGGUGAUGGUGACUGCGUCAGGGAAGCUAUUUGGCAUUGACAGUAAGUCUGGAACCAUUAUGUGGAAGCAGUACUUGGAUAAUGUCAAGCCCAACUCGGUUUUCAAACUGAUGGUGCAGAGGACAACUGCUCAUUUUCCUCAUCCCCCUCAAUGCUCUUUACUCAUUAAGGAUAAGGACACAGGCCUGGGAAGCCUCCAUGUCUUCAAUCCUAUCUUUGGUAAGAAGAGCCAUAUCGGUGUUCCAGCUUUGUCCAGACCUGUCCUUCAGUCCCUGCUGCUGCCCAUAAUGGAUCAGGACUAUUCCAAAGUCCUUCUUCUGAUCGAUGAUCAGUAUAAGGUCACAGCUUUCCCAUCCACUAAGAACGUCUUGCAGCAGCUGCAGGAGAUGGCGUCUUCCAUUUUCUUCUACCUGGUGGACUCCAGUCAGGGCAGACUAUCUGGUUUCCGCCUACUUAAGGAUCUGUCAACUGAGCUGAUCUGGGAGGUGGUGAUCCCCACUGAGGUGCAGAAAAUAGUAGAAGUGAAAGGCAAGCGUGCUAACGAGCAUGUCCACUCCCAGGGCCGGGUCAUGGGGGACCGCAGUGUACUUUAUAAGUAUCUAAACCCCAACCUGCUUGCAGUGGUAACUGAAAGCACAGACACCCACCAGGAGCGUAGUUUUGUUGGGAUUUUCCUGAUCGAUGGUGUGACUGGCCGUAUUGUCCAUGAAGCUGUGCAGAGGAAGGCACGAGGACCUGUUCACUUCGUGCACUCCGAGAACUGGGUAGUGUAUGCGUACUGGAACACAAAGUCUAGGAGGAAUGAGUUCUCUGUGCUUGAGCUCUUUGAGGGAAUGGAGCUAUAUAACAGCACAGUGUUUAGCUCUUUGGAUAGACCUCAACCACCUCAGGUUCUGCAGCAAUCCUACAUAUUCCCCUCUCCUAUAAGCACUCUAGAGGCCACGCUUACUGAGAAAGGCAUAACCAGUCGUCACCUACUUGUGGGACUCCCAUCAGGAAACAUCCUCUCUUUACCAAAGAUGUUUCUGGACCCAAGGAGACCAGAAGUGGCCUCAGAACAGAGCCGAGAGGAAAAUCUAAUACCAUAUUCGCCUGAAAUGCCAAUACGCACGGAGUGGUUUAUUAACUACAACCAAACUGUGUCAAGAGUGAGGGGUAUCUACACUGCCCCAUCUGGCCUGGAGUCUACAUGCCUGGUGGUUGCAUAUGGUCUUGAUAUUUACCAGACCAGAGUUUACCCUUCCAAACAAUUUGAUGUCCUUAAGGAUGAUUAUGAUUAUGUACUGAUCAGCAGUGUACUCCUCGGGCUAUUCUUCGCUACCAUGAUCAGCAAGCGGCUGGCAGAAGUCAAAUUGCUUAAUCGUGCAUGGCGAUAAAACUCCUCUAUUGUGCCUGGCAGUUGCACUCUUCCCAUUUAAGCUAUGGGAUUGACACACUGAUUGCAGUAGACCAGCUGAUGCCCUUAUUAGACUGCAAGAUUACAGUGAGCGGUGUGAAGGACAACUGUUCAGGCAGUGUUUUUUUGUUUGUUUGUUUUUUUGUUUUUUUUUUAAAUAAAGAAAACUUACUGUCUGUAAUGCAAGAAAGGUAUGCAUAGUGUUUCCCCACUCCAUUAAGCAGUUCAUUCUUAAAUUAUUUAUUGUAAACUUACGGUAGACCCACUGUCUGUUUUUAGGAAUGAAUUCUCUAUAGGAUGUACACAUUUCCACUGAACAUUAAUGCAAAUUAAUUUAUAUAAUGGUUGUGUGUAUGCUAACGUUGGUCAAUUUACAUGAAUGAUGCCUCUAACAAAUAAAAAUUUGCUUUAAUAUAAAAUUGAUAUCUUUAACAAGUAGCCUACAUCUUUUUGAUGCAAAACUACAUACUAAUUCUGGUUUUUAAUUCUAUGACCUGAGCCUACCUUUAAACUGAUGGUCAACUACUGUAUAAUUUUUAUUAAUUGGGGGGGGUUAUAAAUACAGGGCAAUUGCCAAUCCUUUGUAUGAGAGUGUGAAAGAAUUAAUUAAAGUUGGAAUUUUGAGGUAGUCAGUAAAGUUAAAAUGUUUUGCUGUAGGAAUGGGAGUAUGUUGUGUUUCAAACAAAGAUGAACCAACCAUCUGUACUAGGUGCAGAAGGACUAACGUUCCUUUUUCUGCAGGUUUUUUUUUGUUGUUUUUUUUAAACUUGGUUUUAUGUUGGCACAGUGGUUGCUGCCAAAUAGCUCCAGGAUCCCCAUUUCGAUCCUGAGCUUAGAUAUCUGUCUAUAAUGUGAAGCUUUGCAUGUCACCAUCCCCCCCACCGGUUCUCUGGUUAACACCUACCUCCCAAAAUCAUGCUGGUAGGAUUGGCUUCACUAAAUUCACCCUCAGUGUGAAUGUGAAUGUGGUACACUGUGAUUGAUUGAUGUACCAUCUAAACUAUAUUUCUGCUUGAAAAUCCCUGAGUUUACUAUUAACUGCCUCUAGUAGCUGAACCCCGACUACAUCAUGCAUCUCUACCACAUUUAAUUAUAUGUAGAGCUAAUUAAAUCUAAAGAAUUUGGGUCAGGGUUUUAUAUCAUGUGAAACCCAUAACUGCAGUGGAUCGAAGUACUGUUCUUGGGGCAACACUGACUUGUUUUAGGUGAGAUGCACUAGACUGGUUAAUUACUAUUGUUUUGUUUGGUAUCACCACAGCUACCUAAUGUUCUCCCAUUUUUGGAAUCCCCAACAAACAAUAGAUCUUGAGUACCAAGAGUACACGUUUUUGUGCUGGAUUUAAUAAAAUUGUUCUUUUAUUCCUGCUUUUUUUUAAUAUUUACUUUUUUAAAUUGUGUGUAAUUUCCAGAACACAAGUGUAAUUUGAAAUCCAUCCUUACCUGCUGAUAAUAAAGAAGAGAUCUCAAACACCA